UCAAACAGAACGGAAUAUUUCACCGGUGGCGAAGCUUAGAGCUUAGGGCGAGUGAUUAAGACUAUUCAGAAUAGGUGGUUGAAAUAAUAAACAGUUGGAUUAAAACGUUUAUGAAAAAUGGAUGACACAUGGCGAUCGCAAGCGAUCGUCCUGAGUGUUUUUGGGUUUCUGAGGGACUUCCGGCCGAGUGAUCCAUUUAUGGUGCAAUUUUUGACUGGAAAGUGGCACAAUUUGACGUCGCAGGAGGUGAAUCAGGAUAUUUUCCCCGUUGGGACGUACUCGUACGGGACCCAGCUGGUGAUCACGUUCCUCAUAACGGACUACUUCCGGUACAAACCGUUGCUGGUGCUGGCUGGGAUUGCCGGGAUGCUGCAUUGGGCCACCAUGAUCUGGUGCACCGGAAUUCGGUGGCUGCAACUGUCGGAAGUUUUCUAUGGGACGUUGAAGGCGGCUGAUGUGGCCUUUUGGUCCUACAUUUAUGCGCGGGUGGAUCGAUCGCGGUAUCAGAAGAUAACGUCCUAUACGAAGUCUUCGUCGAUGGUGGGGAAGUUUGUGGCCGCUGUUGGAUCUCAGGCGUUACUUUUUUAUGGCUUGGUGGAUUAUUUGGAUCUGAACUACGUUACCAUGGGAGUUCAGGUCGGCAUAACCGUAAUUGCCCUGUGCCUGCCGGCGGCUCCCAAGAGUAUCUACUUCAAUAGGAGGGGAUCGAGUGAAACGACCGGGGAAUCAACGGUUACAACUACGGCAGAAUCGGCGGAUGAUGUUGUGGAUCCACCGAAACCAAAGGACCUCUCGGCGUUGGAGUUGUUGUGGUUUCACGUGAAGACUGCUUAUACGAAUUGUACGGUCUUGAGGUACAGCAUCUGGUAUGCUUUGUCAAGCUGCGUCUACUAUCAAACGGUACUCUACGUGCAGGUUUUGUGGCGAACGAUCGGAUCAGCUGAGGCCGUCCAUUGGAAUGGAGCCGUUGAAGGUUUGCUGACGUUGUGUGGAGCUGUCAUCACUUUUUCGGCAGGAUAUGUCCCUUCUAAGGCGUUGAAGCUUCGGAACUCCCUGGCCGCCUUGAGUUGGAUUUCGUUUGCUCAGGGCGGAAUUUUACUGGCGGCGGGGUCAGCUCGAAGUAUUUGGGUGGCCUAUGGAUGUCACAUUCUGUACAGUAUACUGCAUUCUUUUACCAUGACACUCCUCAGUUCGGAGAUAGCAAAGCACAUUUGCAGGGAUAGUUUCGGACUCAUAUUUGGCAUCAACGCCACCGUGGGAUCUCUGUUGCAGAUGCUACUCACAAUAGUAGCCGUUGAUGGUGCUGGUCUGUUCCGGAUUACCAUUAAUUGGCAAUUUGCCUUGUACGGAGCUGUGUGCUGGAGUCUGGGAGUGCUUUUCUGCGUAUUUUGGAUGAUCGAGCUUAAAAGUUGGUGGCGAUGUGUGUUCUUCGUACUCAAAUCGAAGCUAGGAUCCAAACAAACCCUCAAGGUUACAACAGUUCCUAACGAAGCCAAGAAGUCAACAGUUCUUAGCGUUUAGACGGGAGAAAAUACGAAUCUUCGAGAUACCCUCCGACUAAGGAUUCUUCAUGAAGUUCCACCUAAGAACAUUGCGACACUGGUUUCUCUAAACAGCUGAAGCUCUACGUUUUUUCUAGAGCUUGCAGACCAUUGUGGCGUACACCUGUGCACGGAUUUCACCCCGUGGAAUCCGUCAUGUCAUUCAAAUGUCUCACCGCACAAGACUUCGAAUACGUGAUAAGAUCCGCCUUAUAGAGUUACACUGUUGCAGCGGCGCAGAGAUGUUGGCACGUGAAACGUGGCGAUCCUUCUUUAGAAUAACAAAUCAUGACGUUUGCCAUUACCUAGUUAGUAUUAUUAAGAUGAGGGAAAUAUUUUGACAGUCUUGUCAAUCCCUAUCUGCGAUGCAAUCGAAGAAAGAAUAAAGUUAUACCUCCACGAGCCAGGCUCAAUGUUACCUAUGUAUACAAUGUGAACCAGUUAGAAUCAGUUAUUUAGAGUACGAAGUUCACUUUGCAGUAUGCAUGUGGAAAGCAGAAACAAAAUUAAUGUGGCGUAACGUGUUUUUGACGUUAAUCUAGCGAGCAAAUAAAUGUAAAUAAA